GCAACUGAUGCACAGCUGGUGCGCAACUGUUGCGGAACACCUUGGCAGCGCUCUCCCAUAACACUUGCUUUAUUUACGUGAUAAAGUAUCCAAAGCUAAAGCCCGAUCACUGAAGCAUCAUGGCACUAAUACCGCCGGUGACACGCCUAACCGCCUCCAUAAUACGUAUACUCGGCUGCAAUCCCGGCCCAAUGACACUGCAGGGCACAAACACAUAUCUGCUGGGCAACGGUAAAAAGCGCAUACUCAUAGACACGGGCGACGAGAAUGUGCCCCAAUAUAUUGAGCAUCUGAACGGUGUGCUGCGCCAGGAGCAGGCAUCCAUAUCCACCAUCAUACUGACCCAUUGGCAUCACGAUCAUGUGGGCGGGGUGAAGGACAUUGUGGGCACCCAGCUGGCCGAUAAGGUGCUACUCAAUCCAGAUUGUCAGGUGUUCAAGUUCCGGCGCAGCGAUGCCAGCGAUGUCUGCCCGGAGAUACCCGGCCACAUAACGGUGCAGCGACUGGAGGAUAGCCAGGAGUUUGCCGUCGAUGGCGCCAAGGUGCGCAUUGUUCACACGCCCGGACAUACCACAGAUCAUGUCGUCCUCACCACGGACGAUGGCACACUCUUUAGCGGCGAUUGCAUACUGGGCGAGGGCACCGCCGUCUUUGAGGAUCUGUUUGACUAUAUGCGCAGCCUGGAUAAAAUACUGAAGAUACGCCCGGAUCGCAUCUAUCCCGGGCAUGGCAAUGUCAUCGAUGAGCCCGUGGGCAAGAUUGAGUAUUAUAUAAAUCAUCGCAAUCAGCGGGAACAGCAGAUACUGCAGUUCUUUAGCCAGCGUCCCGGCCAGCGCCUGCAGCCCAUGGAUGUGGUCAAGGUGGUGUACAAGGAGACGCCCGAGCAGCUGUGGCCCGCGGCCGCCUACAAUGUUGAGCACCAUCUGAGCAAGCUCACAAAGGAGCAUAAGCUGCGCCUCAGCGAGCAGAACGAGGAGAAGUUCUACGAGUAUCAGCCCAGCAGUGCGCUCUGAGAGAUGCGCCCAACAUCUGUUAACAUAAUUAUGUAAAUGUUUUUUUUUUUUUUCUUUUGAUGCAUGUUAAAUAGAUUUUGCAGCUUUAUAACCGAAAUGUCUUAA